AUGGCGAUCUUCAGGCAGCUGUCCCUGGGUGUGAAGGCUGCCCUGGCUGCUGGAACUGUCUUCAUGUCCAUGGUCAUCUCCCGCUCCUAUCUGGCAGGGAGCCUGGAGCUUGGGGCCUGGCGUUGGCUGUUUCGCCUACAGCUUGCCCUGUUUGUCAACUCACUUAUGCUCAUUGGUUCCCUCUACAUCUGGCAUAGUGCAGUGAGCAACAUUUGCCACUCCCCAGCUGCAGAGUCUGCGUGCUUUAGGCUUUGGAAGAUGGCUGUUGUGACAUUUCUUGCCCUGGCCCACUCCAGUUUCUUCACCAUGCUCUUUUUAGUGGCUGAAGAGCCCUAUCUCUUUUCCUUGGCAGCCUACUCCUGCCUUGGGGCAUACGUCAUCAUGCUCUUCUUCCUUUGUAUCCUCAGUGGUGUGGAGCAGGCCUACCAGCUCUUGGCCUGGCACAGUGGCAGGGUCAUCAGCAGCCUUGACAAGACAAAGAAGUUGGCACUCAGGCCUGCCCUCGCAGUGGCAGUGACUGCUGUGCUCAGUGUGGUCGGGAUUCUGAAUGCUGCCCAGCCUCCAGCCGUGAAAACUGUGGAGGUACCCAUCUAUCAGCUGCCUCCCUCUAUGAACAACCUCAAGAUUGCACUCCUCUCAGACAUCCACUUGGGCCCCACAGUGGGCAAGACCAAGAUGGAGAUGUUCGUGAGGAUGGUAAAUGUGCUGGAGCCAGAUGUCACAGUGAUUGUAGGUGACCUGUCUGAUUCAGAAGCAUCAGUCCUACGGACAGCUGUUGUCCCCUUGGGCCAGCUUCAUUCACGCCUCGGCACCUACUUCGUCACUGGAAAUCAUGAGUACUAUACAUCAGAUGUCAGCAACUGGUUUGCACUGCUGGAAUCCCUGCAUGUACGGCCCCUUCACAAUGAGAACGUGAAGAUUUCUGCAACAGGGGCCCAGUAUGGCAGUACUGAAGAUGGAGACUGGAUUUGCCUAGCUGGGGUGGACGAUAUUGAAGCAGAUAUCCUGCACUACUCUGGCCACGGCAUGGAUCUCGACAAGGCCUUGGGGGGCUGCAGUCCAGACCACACCACCAUCUUGUUAGCUCACCAGCCCCUGGCUGCCAAGAGAGCUCUACAGUCUCGGCCAGAUAUUAACCUGAUCCUUUCUGGGCACACACAUGCUGGCCAAAUCUUCCCCUUGAAUGUGGCAGCUUAUCUUCUGAACCCCUUCUUUUCUGGUCUUUACCACGUGGCCCAGGGUACAUUUGUAUAUGUCAGCCCAGGCACGGCCUACUAUGGGAUACCGAUGAGGUUGGGUAGCAGGGCGGAGAUUACGGAGCUCAUCCUGCGACAGGUUCUCUGA